UGCUUGAGAUUAUUUGAGAGAGAGAGAGAGAGAGAGAGAGAGAGAGAUUCAGCAAGAGAGAGAGAGAGAUGGAGGAGCAUGAUGUGGUGAUAGUAGGGGCAGGUAUAGCGGGUUUGGCAACAGCAAUAGCCUUGGAGAGAGUAGGGGUUAAAGCAUUGGUGUUGGAGAAAUCAGAAGGGCUAAGAGCCAUAGGUGCAGCCAUAGGUCUUCACCAAAAUGCUUGGCUUGCCCUCGAAGCCCUCGGCGUAGCUCACAAGCUCACCACUACUAUUCCCCCUUUGAGAAAGGGGAACGUAACAAAUAUUGAUACCGGAGCAACUCAACAGCUCGCUUUCCCCCAACCUGAUAAGCAUGGACAUGAAUCUAGACCAAUACAUCGUAAAGCUUUAUUGGAAGCUCUGGCAGAAGAAUUGCCAGUGGACACCAUCCGUUUCUCUUCCAAGCUCAAGUCCAUUGUAAACCUGCAGGCAGAAGAAGGCUCAUCCUAUGCUAUCAUUCACAUGGAAAAUGGAGUUAGCAUCAAAGCAAAGGCUCUGAUAGGUUGUGAUGGAGUUCACUCUGUGGUGGCCCGUUGGUUAGGACUGACCACUCCUGUCAGUUCAGGCCGAUGGGGCGUGCGUGGGUUGGCCAUAUUUCCUGAAGGCCAUGGGCUAGACGUUGACGUCCAACAAUUUGUAACUAUUGGCAAAAGGGCUGGCUUUGCUGCCCUCAAUGAUAAAGAGGUCUACUGGUUUCUCGUAGGCCAAUCCUCAAAAGGUGAGGACAUCCCACAUGACCCUGAGAUGAUAAAAAAAGAAGUUAUUAGUAACUUUGCCAAGAACUUCCCUACAUCAUACUUGAGAGUUGUCCAGCAUUCAGAUCUUUCAACAGUGACUUGGGCUCCCCUGUUGUUUAGAUUUCCAUGGGACGUAAUACUUGGAAACCUGAGCAAAGGGAAUAUCACAGUGGCUGGUGAUGCUAUGCAUCCAAUGACACCUGACCUAGGACAAGGUGGUUGCUCAGCAUUGGAAGAUGCUGUUGUUUUAGGAAGACACAUUGGGAACUUAAUCAUCAAGAACAAAAAGCUUGUGGCAGGAGAUCAAGUUGCUGAAGCCUUAGAAAGAUAUGUUAAGGAAAGGAAGUGGCGUGUUGCUAAGUUGAUCGUGGGCUCGUAUCUAGUGGGCUGGGUGCAACAAGAUGGGUCUGGAUGGUUUAUGAAGUUCUUAAGGGAUUCAAUAUUCUAUAGGCAUUUUUCUAGAUUGAUAUCUAAUGAUAAGCAGUAUGAUUGUGGGAAGUUGCCUUGUGUUUCAUCAUCAAAUAAUGAAUUGGACAAUGACCCAAGAAAAAUUUACUAGCUAAAAUCCCGAAUCAAGUGAUGCGGGAGUGUAGGGGCAAUUUAUGUGGCAGCUAUACGGGUGACAUUUGUCUUUAAUAUUUAUUCAAAGUUAAUUAUAAGUUUGGUUGGUAGUUGUCCCAGCCUAAUAAAUCUGAUGUGAUGCGAAGUUAGUCUAAGGAGUUGUUAUUUGUAUUGGAAGUUAUCAAGCAUUUAGUUGUAAGCAUUUAUUCAGGAGAAGUAUAUUCCGGAGAAA